AAGCUAAAGCUCGCUGACACUACCCUACAACAACUCUCUUCCAAUUAUAAGAUCUGGCACCCAGGGCUCAGCACACGAUGCGGAGUGUCCCUUCUCUACAAAUAUUGUAAAGGUGUAAAGGUCAAGAUCCGACAGUGACGGGACGGGACGGCCAUGUCGGAUGGCUCCAAGGGUCGGUCGUCGUCGUAUUUCCAUUUCUUCGCAGGCCUAAGCUCCGGCAUCCUCUCCGCCGUCCUCCUCCAACCCGCCGACCUCCUCAAAACCCGCGUCCAACAGUCCCACUCCAACACGCUCCUCGCAACCAUAAAAUCAAUCGCCUCUGGCCCUUCACCAAUCCGCCAAUUCUGGAGAGGGACAUUACCUAGCACAAUACGAACAGGAUGCGGGUCUGCGAUAUACUUCUCGAGCUUGAAUGCGCUGCGGCAGAAGGUCGCCCAGGCGACGCUGAUUGCGCGAGAAGGAGGUAGAGGUGAUGGGCAUUCGAGUACGCUGCCGAAGCUGAGCAAUUGGGCGAAUUUGGCGACGGGUGCGGCGGCCAGGACAUGGGCCGGAUUCCUCAUGAUGCCGAUUACGGUGAUCAAGGUGCGGUACGAGAGCAAUCUCUACGCGUAUCGCAGCUUAUUCUCCGCGUCGAGGGAUAUUCUGCAGACGGAGGGGCUGCGCGGGUUCUUCGCCGGGUUCGGCGCCACAGCCGCGAGGGAUGCGCCGUAUGCGGGACUCUACGUGCUGUUCUAUGAACAGUCGAAGAAGCGGCUGUCGAGGCUGGCGACGACAAUUGAAGAGAAGUCUGGGGCCGCCGUUAUGCUCAGCUCGAGCACUUCGGCGGGAAUCAAUUUUGUAUCUGGGGUUGCGGCGGCCGGGUUGGGGACGACGAUUACGAAUCCGUUCGAUGCGAUUAAGACGAGGUUGCAGCUUAUGCCGGCCAAGUAUGUGAAUAUGGUGCAGGCGGCGAAGACGAUGCUAAGAGAGGAAGGGGUCAUGUGCCUCUUCGAUGGGCUGGGGAUCAGGAUUGCGAGGAAGGCUAUGAGCUCUGCCCUGGCGUGGACGGUAUAUGAGGAGCUGAUACGGCGGGCGGAGAUGAGAUAUCAUGAUGGGCUUGAGAAGGCGUAAUGUACGAUACGG